CAUCAUUGUAACUAGAGAGUCUCACCAUUUCCAACCUCCGCUUGGAACCCCUUAUUAUACCCUCUCUUCAGGGUCUCCCUUUCAGGGAAAAGUAACUCUCCUUCUCUUUGCUCUGAUACGAACAACCGAAUACCACUUCGCCUGCUCUUCGCUCUCCCCCCUUCCUUCCCCACUGUGGGCGAAAUUCUCCAUCUGUUUCUUCUUCUGAGUGAUGGGUGUGAGCAGCCGGUGCUCCCAUACUUCACACAUCACCGAGAUCAUCAUCACCAGCUUCUUCCGCCACAAGCCUUAGAUCCUAACUCGAAAACAAGGGCCUUUUGAUCAGCCUAACCCAGCUGCCAUGGCGGCUUGAGAAAGAAACUGAUCAGGUGUUACAAGAAAAAUAUUAUGGCAGGUGGGAGGGUUUAUACCGGUGGUAGUGGUGGUGGUGGUUCCAGUCCUUUGAGUGUUUUGUUUCAGAAUCAAAAGGGUUCUUGCGCUUCUCAGCCUCUUGAUUCUCUUUUCCUUUCUGGGUCUUCCCCUUCUUUCCUUGGUUCAAGAUCGAUGAUGAGCUUUGAAGAUGCUCGUGGAGGAAACGGAUCAAAUAGACCGUUUUUUGGCUCGUAUGACCACGAAGAUAAUGGAGACGACGACUUGGACGACUAUUUUCAUCAACCCGAGAAGAAGAGGCGGCUAACAGCCGACCAAGUCCAGUUUCUCGAGAAAAGCUUCGAGGUGGAUAACAAACUUGAACCCGAAAGGAAAUCCCAGCUUGCCAAGGACCUUGGCUUGCAGCCUCGGCAGGUUGCCAUUUGGUUUCAGAACCGCCGAGCUCGGUGGAAGACCAAACAGCUAGAGAAGGAUUUCGACGCUUUACAAGCUAGCUAUGACAGCCUCAAGGCUGAAUAUGACAAUCUCCACAAGGAGAAGAAUGAACUAAAAGCUGAGGUUGUUCUUCUAACAGAUAAGCUGCUCCUGAAAGAGAAAGAGAGGGGAGGUUUUGAACUAUCUGAUACAAAUAACCUAUCCCAGGAAUCCCUGCAAAAGCAGGUUUCUGAAUCUGCUUGUGAGGCCGAAGCAUCCAAAGUGUCGAUUGUGUCAUGUAAGCAGGAAGAUAUUAGUUCAGCAAAAAGUGAUAUAUUUGACUCAGAUAGUCCCCAUUACACUGAUGGGGUUCAUUCUUCACUGCUAGAGCCUGGUGAUUCUUCACAUGUUUUGGAACCUGAUCAAUCGGAUCUGUCUCAAGAUGAGGAGGACAAUCUCAUGAGCAAGAGCCUAUUGCCUCCAUUCAUCUUUCCAAAGUUGGAGGAUGCUGAUUACUCCGACCCGUCUGAAAGUUCAUGUAAUUUUGGAUUUCCUGUUGAAGAUCAUGCAUUCUGGUCCUGGUCUUACUGAGUUAUCUGUGGCAUAUGAAUUUCCCCUGUUUUGCUUUAGAUCAUCAUGAUGUGGUGGUAGAUAUAUGCAAUAAAUCCAGAACAAUUGAUACCACGAGCUAGCUUGUGGUGGUGGGUUGGGUCUGGGCUGCACCAAGAAAAAUGUUGGUCUUUUUGCCCUCUAUGUGAUUUUGUUGUUGUUGUUGUUGUUGUUGUUAAGGUUCUUAGUCUUCAAUAAACUCUUUUUUAGUUUGGAAUGUAAUUAAAUAACCUUUUCCCUCGUACAA